AUGCUGCUCAAGAUCUUCAUCCCGCUCUCGAUCGUUAUCCUCCCUAUCCUUAUCCCCAUCAAUAAGGUCGGUGGCAGAGACACAAGCCCCAUAGACCCGCUGGACCAUGACUUUAUGACCCGGUACAACGUCUCCGGGCUGGACCAGCUGGCAUGGGGGAAUGUCAGGCCUGAACACAGCCAGCGGUACUGGGCACACCUGAUUCUCGCCGUCAUUGUGGUCGUCUACGUCUGCGGCAUCUUCUUCGACGAGUUCAGGGGCUAUAUACGCCUGCGACAGUCUUAUUUGACAUCUCCCCAACAUCGUCUGCGUGCUUCAGCCACUACGGUGCUGGUCACCUCUAUCCCCAGCAGAUGGUUAUCAGUUGAAGCACUCGAUUCUCUGUUCGACGUCUUCCCCGGAGGUGUCCGUAAUAUCUGGCUUAACCGGGACCUCGACCAGCUGAACGCGAAAAUCAAGCUACGGAAUCAGCUCGCCUUUACUCUCGAGUCUGCCCAGACUGAGCUGAUCAAGAAAUGCAAGCGAGCUCACUUGAAACAGAUCAAGGCCGAAGCCAGGAAAGAAGGGAAGCAGUCAAAGGAGACCAAGCAGCAGAUCCAGGCUGAAAACGAUCGCAGAACUGCUCAGCUCGUUGAAGGCGCCGGUGUCAGCUCUGGAGACCCUCACCAGACAGCCCACACUGUUCAGGAUCUCCUCCACCCUAAACGUCAUAAAGUACAACAAGUCGGUGCCAAAGUAGGCCACACUGUUGUAGGUGGCUUGAAGAAGAUUGGUGGAAGCGUUCAUCGCCCAGGUGGUCACCACCCUGGAGAUACCCAGGGUAACACGGAACCUGUCGCCGAUGACGCGAAUGUCAGACUCUCCAACUCGUCUCAGGCCAAUCCCAAUCAUCACCCCAUGGGCAUGGAUGGGACCGUUUUCGACCGUCACGAUGAUGGUCGCCGGUUGACAGCGCCUAGUCCAGAUGUCGGUGGCAGUCCGGCUCUUCCUGAUCCAGAACAAACCGGCAAUGGCAAGAAAAAGGACGAAUAUGACGUCGACAAGGAGUAUCCUGUGGCUUACAACGAAGAAUACCAAGAGGACGACUAUGGCGAGCCCGUCUGGAAGAAGUACAUCCGUGAAAAGGAUCGAGAGACCAUGCGUUUGCCUAUCUUCGGCUGGGACUGGAUGCCCUCGCUCCCACUUCUAGGUAAGAAGGUCGACACCAUAUAUCACUGUCGAAAGGAGCUUGCCCGAUUGAAUCUCGAAAUCGAGAUCGACCAACAGCAUCCGGAGAAGUUUCCCCUAAUGAAUUCGGCCUUUGUGCAGUUCAACCACCAGGUUGCAGCUCAUAUGGCUUGCCAAAGUGUCAGCCAUCAUAUCCCAAAACAGAUGACUCCUCGCAUGGUAGAAAUCUCUCCCGACGACGUUAUCUGGGACAAUAUGUCUAUCAGAUGGUGGGAGCGGUAUAUCAGAACCUUUGGUGUCAUGGUAAUUGUCGGAGCUAUGGUUAUCGGCUGGGCUUUUCCCGUAGCCUUCACCGGUCUCUUGUCACAGCUGUCGUACCUAGAGAACCAUUUUUCAUGGCUGCGAUGGCUUGGAAAGCUUCCACAGUGGUUGAUAUCUGCUAUACAGGGAAUUCUUCCCCCUCUUUUCCUCUCAAUCCUGAUGGCUCUCCUGCCUCUAGUUCUUCGAUUCUUGUCCCGGAACCAAGGAGUCCAUACAGGCAUGGCUAUUGAACUCACUGUGCAAAACUACUAUUUUGCCUUUCUCUUUGUCCAGAUAUUCCUUGUUGUCUCAAUUUCUUCUGGCUUUUCAACCAUAAUCGACUCGCUGAAGAACGUCCUGAGUGUACCUGAUCUCUUGGCCCAGAAUAUACCCAAGGCUAGCAACUAUUUCUUCUCCUAUAUGGUCCUACAAGCCAUGUCUGUGAGCGCGGGAGCGUUGGUUCAAAUCUUUGCCUUGAUCAGUUGGUUCAUUCUUGCGCCUCUCCUCGAUAAUACGGCGAGGAAGAAGUGGGCGAGGGCAACCAACCUUAACCAAAUGCAAUGGGGGACUUUCUUCCCUGUUUACACCACUUUAGCGUCGAUUGGUUUGAUUUACUGUAUCAUCUCACCGUUGAUCAUGGUAUUCAAUGUGCUUACAUUCAGUCUUUUCUGGGUUGUCUAUCGGUACAACACUCUUUACGUUACCAAAUUCCGUUUCGAUACGGGCGGGUUGCUCUUCCCACGAGCUAUAAAUCAGCUCUUUACCGGUCUUUAUGUCAUGGAGAUUUGCCUUAUCGGAAUGUUCUUCCUUGUCAGAGAUGAGAAAAAAGAGGUUGCCUGUGAAGGCCAGGCAAUCUGCAUGAUAAUCGUCCUAAUUCUUACUAUUCUCUUCCAGUACUUCCUUAACGAGGCCUUCAAUCCUUUAUCACUCUACCUGCCUAUCACCCUGGAGGAUGAGGCCACCCAGCGUGACGAAGAGUUUGCUCGUGCCCAACGUCGCAGACGCGGAAUCGAAGAUGACGAUGAUGAGCUGGACAAGGAUGGCCAGCGUGAGGAUGGUGAAAAGGACGGCUCGAUCGAACUCAGUGCUAUGGGUAAUAAUCAACAGCAGGAGCCAUCUUCUCCCUUCUUCCUCGGGUCUCGACUCAACCGCGUCAGCAGCUCGCCGAAGGAGCAGAGGCGCAAAUCUUGGGCGGACAGGUCAUCGAACACCCGCUCGCCAUUCUUCGGUGGACGCUCUGAUCCUAGCAUGCCAACUAUCCGGGCUAUACGCAAAAAACUUGCGAUGGACACUGAAUCACAAGCCCCAACAACGCAUGCUAUCGGCCAGUCCCUGUUCUCGGGUAUCCACGAUGAACUUGAGGAUCUAACCCCCGAGGAGCGUGAUCAGCUCGUCCAGAGGGCGUUCCAGCACGAGGCUCUUCGUAUGAGACGCCCAGUCAUCUGGAUACCACGAGAUGACAUGGGCGUUAGUGACGAUGAGAUCUUCCGUACUCAGCGGCUCACAAAGCACAUCUGGAUUAGUAAUGAAUACCAGGCGUUGGAUGGCAAGUGUCGAGCCAUAUUCAGUCGAAGUCCUCCUGAUUUCUCGGAGGUUGACCUCAUUCAACUGUGA